AUGGCUUCACUUACAUCCACAGGCAAAGCCGUCGGCAUCCAGUUCGCUUCUCUUCUUGAGAUUAUUGAGCCUGAGUUGAAGCUCUCAUUUCUCGAUCAGUUACAAAGGUUCGAGCUCUGGGCUUUUAGUCUAGGUCUAUACAAUACAGGACACAGCUCGAUCGAUUACAAAUUCCGGGAUUCCCCUCCCCUAUUUAAAUAUGCCCUCGGUCUAUUGCGAGAUCUUGAGCAGGCCUUGACAAGCCGUAGGUGUUCGUUGGCUCCCUCAUACUGUCGGUGUGUCAUGGUUAAUAUUGUCCAAGUUGCGGAAGUCUCGACCGGCGAAGAAGCCUCUCCCGAUGGUGACAGCCCAAACGAUUCCAGCGACGAAACAGAUGGAUCAGACGAGGAUGAAGACUUCUCGUCGUACCAGGACUCCCACCUGGUAGAAGAGUACUUGAACAACAUCUCAACCACAGUUGAUCGACUGUACGCGCUAUCCUUUCGUAUUCGCGAUCCUGCAAUGCGGACCGGUCUAUCACGCGCUGCGACCUAUACUGAGAUAGAUCAGGAAAGUGAUAUAGACCUCAUUGCCUCAUUUAGGCAAUGGGACCUGACUCACCUUGUUGAACUAUUUCGCCUUUGGCGGAAGCAGGACAGUGUGGAUGACCACUUUCUCGUACGCCGUCUAGCCCAGGCUAAUACGCGGCGGAGGCAGCAGUUCAAAUACUGGGCCUAUUGCAAGGACCAACUCCAGGAUGAGGGCCGGACUGGCCUCGAUAAUGGUUUAACUCACUUUCCAAGGCCCAUGGGAGAACAUAAUCAUGGAGCCUUGGCCGCUCACACCGAACCAGAUCCCACUCUAUCAUCGGAGCACGCCGGCGCGCCCGACAGCGAUUCAGCAUCUCAUCAGCGUCGAGUGGCAUAUUUCUCUCUACCUCGACUGCGGAUGGAGGCUUCUGAGACGACGCCCAGAACGCAGCCCGCAAGUAACAUUAGCAAGCGGGCAUCUAUGGCACCUGAAGGCUCCCUGAAAAGCUCUGUUCAUGACGAUUGGGCCAAUAAUGUGAAGCAAAUUGACAUUGUUAUCCGCGGCGUCGGUUCAAUGAUUGCCAGGCUCUUGCCUAACGAGGAAGUAGAGCCUGUUCUUGUAGAACGCCUCAGGAAACACUUCUCGUAUAUUAGUUGGACUGAGUUUCGAUUCACAGACUCGAAUGACAUACCGGUCCCAAUUGACUACGACACCUUGUAUGGAUCCAUGACCAUUUUUGCGCAUCCUUCCAUUAAUCGUGGUCAUACUGUUCCGCCACAUGCAAUCCAUCAGGACGAAUCUACUCAGGAGUCGCCGCAAUCUUCAACAAACACACGGCAGAUAGCAGCGCAGGGCGAUCAGAAGGUAGCUUUCCGCGGCAAAAAUAAGUCGCGCAGCUCAGGGUGGUAUGUCACCUAA